AUGGAGGUCAGGACUCUGUUGACCCUCCUGAUGGUCGUAUCAGGAUCCGGUUCCAGUGAUGAGCGUUCGGAGCACACGCACCAGGUCAGCACGUCUCAGUGUGGCGAAUACAAGAACCAGGUCAUGGAGGACGGAACGUGCAGACUGGAGGCCACCCUGCCUCAGCUGGAUGACCAGCGCUGCCCGGACAUGUUCCGCUGCACCGACGAGGUCUCGUACUGGCUCCACGAGAACGAAGAGAGGAAGCAGCAGAUCCUGGCCCUGCACGAGACCAUCUCUGAGCUGCAGGAGGAGCUCCGCAACCACCGGCACCGGGUCAAAGUGCUCGAGCUGCAGAGUGAAGAGAAGGCGCGGCUGAACAAGUCUCUGGAGCAGAGGUUUCAUGAGCUGGAGGGUCAGUACGAGGAGGCCACGACGCUGCUGCAUGUCCAGGGCUCGCUGCUCUACGAGCUGCAGAAUCAGAUCCACAAUCUCAGCCUGCAGGUGGAGAAGGUUCGCAGGAACCCUGGCUGCAUGAUCAACAUCGUUCGUACCAGCCACCUACUCAGCAAACAGCAGACGUUGCACCCCGAGAUGCAGCAUGUCAGGAACUGUCCCAUCGACUGUGCCUCCAUUUACUACAAUGGUGUGAGACAGUCUGGUAUCUACACCGUCGUACCAUCGUUAGGAGCCAAACCUGUGGCGGUCUACUGCGACAUGGAUACUGACGGUGGUGGCUGGACGGUGAUCCAGCGUCGGCAGGACGGCUCGGUGAACUUCGACCGCGGCUGGAAGGAAUAUAAGGACGGUUUUGGGGACCUGAACACAGAGUACUGGCUGGGAAAUGAGCACAUCCAUGAUCUCACCACUCAGGGCGAUUACGCUCUACGUAUAGAGCUGGAGGACUGGAGCAGCAAACGCAAGCACGCUCUCUACCAGAGCUUCAGGAUCGAGGCCGAGGCCGCGCAGCACAGGCUUCAUAUCUCCGGCUUCAGUGGAACAGUGGAGGACUCGUAUAGCUGGUAUCACGACAAGCAGGACUUCAGCACCCCGGACACGGGGAACAUCUGUGCCGAAAUUUCUCACGCGGGCUGGUGGUACAACCAGUGCUUCUAUGCCAACUUAAACGGCAUCUACCACAAGGGUGGACGCUACUCUCAGAAAGGAAAAAAUGCACUGGGACCCAAUGGCAUCGUCUGGUACACGUGGAAGGAUUCCGAUUAUUACUCUUUACGCAAAGUGACCAUGAUGAUCCGUCCACGCGUCUUCCGGCCGCACCAAUCACCCUGAAUAACUACGGCGGC